CCAGUGAGGAAAUAGAUAACUAACCUAAUAAGGCGCGAAAAUUUCAAGAUAAAUUCUUUCUCAUUUUGGGUUUGUGUCUAAAAAUGCACUACUUGCUGAUAUUAUCAAUUUCCGGAAAUUUGCAUACAUGACUUGAAUUAGGCGUUCAGAACAGUAAAAAGAACGAAACUAGUAUAUAAGAGACGUGGAGAAAUUAUAAGAAGAUUUUAGCAAUGGCCGACAAGAAGGUAGCGGCCACUCGUGUGAAAAGGACAGGAGAUUCCAAAAGAGUCGAGUCUGUGGAGCGGGUCAAAGGAACAAGCAGCAAAGCUCAAGAGCAGGCGGCCAAGCCCCGGGCCAGCAGGAAGCAAACUGACGUUGGCGGAGCACCAAGGAAAGAGCCUGUGCUGUCUAAAUUUCCAAAGGAUACAGCGACGCGGCCUGCGGCCAAAGGGCUCAGCAGCAAGGUCAAGGUUGGACAGGCCGUUGCCUCGCCCAAGAACCUGAUGGCUUCGCAAGGUGGCCUCAAGGAAGGUAGCAAGGGGACCAGGACGAAGACGGUCAGCAGAAGAGAAAAGGAGUUGGACGAUAAAAAGGCAAAGCACGAGAGCCGCAGCUUAUCCCGAGCGAAGCCUCUGGUGCGUGAGAGAAUGCGGACGAGGACGAUUAGCCCGAGAGAGCAGGAGCAGGCGAGCCCAAAAUCCUUGCGAAUAAAAGAGCCCAAGGACGAGAAGGAUGAUUAUGAAGACGAAACUUUUGAGGAUUACGAGUCGGACUUCGAAGAGGACGAGGAGGAUGAGACAAGCGGGGCGUCCUCCACGCACGACGAGCAGCAGCCGCAGCAAAGCGAGCACAAGCCCAGAGAGAUGGUCAGCCUGCCCGAGCCGCCGGCCAAACCUAUUUCCGCGCUGUCAAGGAGUAAUGAUCAGAAGCGCACCAAAGUCGCAAGGCGGGAGAGCCGCGGCGAGUCGCCAGUCGAGGAAACACGGCCCCGGGGAUCCGGUGAAGAGGAGAACGGCGUGGCGUCGGAAAUGAAAGCGAUCGCACCCGUCAUAGGGGAAAAGGCAACAAUUGCCAAAAAGGCUGCACUUUCCAAAUCGUUUCCCCAGCAGCAACAAGAGCAGAAGCAGCAGCUAAAGGAAAAUAAUAAUGCCGGGCAAAGUGGGCAGCAGGCGGCCGUCAGUGCUGCUCCGCUGCCCGAGGACAGGGAUAACCAGGCGAGCUUUCGUUACCAAUUUAGAUCGCACGACAACACGCUUUUGCUUUUUACACAGUCCCGAAUUUGAAACUGAUUUGCCUCCAAGCAAGUUAAGCCUGUCUCUUGAUAUACGGUCCAAUUAGGUUUCCAUAUAUUAGCAUUUAAAUGUUUAAUUUGCAUUUCGAUCAAUGCAGUUUUCAAUUUUAUUCAUUUUCAACGAGAUCAAGACAUAAUAUUCCUUUAAAUGGUCAUUUGGGUUUAGAUAGAUAGAUAGAUAGAUAGAGGGGGGAACAAUCAUGCCUUUUAUUAAUCUAAUUUCUGUCUCUUGCCUUAGUUUUUUCUCUUUUUAAGUUCAUAAAUUUCUCGGGAAGAGAAUCCAAGCUAUAACCAAGAGCAACUGCUUCCGUCCCCUUUAUGUGCAGGAUUUAGAAUUUAAACAUUAAAUCUCUCUCAAUAAUAAUUGUGAGUUUGAAUGCAACACGCUUGACAUCGAGGUUGUGCCGGUUGCAUUCAACUCUCGAUAGCAGGCGCUCUUGAGCAGAUUAAUUGAAAUUAUGUAGAUUGAAAGCGCACGAUUAAAUUAAUUUUUUUGCCAUUUAUUCAUUCGAAAUGUUGUCAAGCAAACAACAGGCAACGUGACUGUAUUUAAAUGAAAAGAACGGUGGAGUGAAAAACUUUUAAUCAGAAAUGCUUUUAAAAAAGCGCGCCUGUUUUCAUGUAAAACGUUGCAUUGAAUGCUUUUUACGUACGGUAAAAAAUCACUGUAAAUAUGAAAGGUCGAAUUUCUCGCACAGGCACCGAUUCACACAUUAGCAACACAACAAAUCAAAAUGCUCAAGAUGAUGCGACUAGACGUCGUAAGCUGUGGAGCAGUUGACAUAUCACCCACAACUUUGGCAACUACAAAACAAAACAAUGCAAAGAGCGCUUCCGAAGAAACGAAGAGCUCUAGCGAGGAAAAGUGGACUCAGCACCCGGCCAUGCAGAACGACGAAGAGGUCGGCGGCGGAAGUAGCUCAGCGGCCGAGCAGCAGGUGGAACUGUCGGAAAAGGUGGCCGCCGCGCUGAAACGCGCGUCUGACAAGG